ACCUCAACCACCCCAGGCCCACGUCCAGUGGAGGAAACAGGCUUCCCCACGAGGCCACGAUUAUUUACGAACGACCCCAACUCCUGGAGCGCUCUGGACCGCCCUCCCCAGACCCCAACCAACGGACGACGACUCCGUCCAGAAUUCCAGAUCACGCAUAUCUCUCUCCCUCCCUCUCUCUCCUCGGCCUCGCCGCCCCUGUCCCCUCCUACACUGCCGCGCGCGCAUCGUGGAAUGGAGAUCCCUCCGGCCAUGAAGUGAUCUAUUUCUUCGUCGCCCCUAGCUCGCGCACAGGAGAAGGAGAAGGAGAAAGAGAAAGCAGGAGCCCGCUCGCGGCGAGGCAGCAGGAUGUCUUCGUCUAACUCGCCCUGUGCCGCGUGUAAGCUGCUGCGCCGCAAGUGCACGCAGGGAUGCGUGUUCGCGCCCUACUUCCCGCCCGACAAUCCGGGCAAGUUCGCGAGCGUGCACCGCGUCUUCGGCGCCAGCAACGUCUCGAAGCUCCUCAACGACCUGGACCAGCUGCAGCGGGAGGACGCCGUAAACUCCCUGGCGUACGAGGCCGACGCGCGCAUCCGCGACCCCGUCUAUGGCUGCGUGGCCUACAUCUCCGUGCUGCAGAUGAAGAUCAAACGGGUCCGCGACGAGAUCGCCAACGCGCGCAAGGAGCUGGCGGCUUACAUUGGGACCGCGGCCUUUGCGCCUUACGUCGCCACGCCGCAGUACCACCACCAUCAGUACGCGGCAGGCGCCGUGCCUCUCGCCGUCGGCGUCGGGCCGCAGCACGGUCACCCGCACCACCAGCAGCAACAGAUCAUGGUGCACCAGCACCUCCACCACCAGCAGCAGAUGGCAGCGGCUGCCGAGGUGCAGCAGCAGCUCGCUGUGGCCGUGGAGGUCGCGCGAGAGCAGGAUCUCAUGAUGCGGCAGGCCGCGGUAUACGCGCACGCCGUGCCCAGCGGCGGCCCCACGGUCGCCGUUGUGCCGCCCGACGCGCUGCCGUACGAGGGCGGCUUCCUCUUCCAGCAGCAGCCGCCCCCUUCGCAGGCGCAGACCGCCGUGGCGCUCACGUACCAGAUGGAGCAGUCCCCGCCGUCGUCGUCCUCGGGCCAGUCUCACCCCGAGGUGUCGCAGCAGCACAAUACGGAUGGCAGCGACGAGGGCAGCGGUGGCGGUGGUGUCGUGCCGCCGGCCUGAUCUGAGUCGUCUCGUCUGACGGCGCGCUGCACGCUUGCCUCUCAUUCGAGCUUGCUUUAGCCUUUUGCUUUCUUGUGUUUGGUGUUCGUAAUGAAUCUUUUUCCCCUUCCGUCGUCUUCAUCAUAUGGCCGGCGUACGUCUUGGCAUCGUCUCGGUCUAGAAUCCAUGCACGUUUCAAGUGGCAAAAUUCCAAUUAUUUCCCUCCCGAAGCCAGACUAUAGCUGGAUUCUUAUCAAGGUUCCACAUGAUCAGUUGCCUUUCUUCCUCAAGAGUUAGAGCCAAAUAAAUGCUGGACAGAAAGAGUGGUAGGAAAUGGCCUGGGGACAGAUACUCAUCAUAUGGAUCAGUGUAACACAGAGAAAUUAAUGGUGGGAAGGUGGAGGUAGACAGAAACAGCAGAGAGAAGCAUGCAUGGUGUGCUUCAGCGCAGGAGGGGAGCAGUAAAUGGUGAAGUAAGAUAGGAAACAAGAUGCAUGCAAGUAGCUUGCAAUUUGCAGGAGGGAGCAGCAGCAGGCAUGAAUAAAGAAAUCAACACGAACAUGAUAAGCAACUCAUAUAAUAUACUGACUCCGUUCUCGAAUAUUUGUUGGCCAUUAGUUUAUUUUUAAACUAAAACAUGACAUAAAAAAGAACGGAGGGAGUAUCUUAGUUCACUUGUGCAUUUGGUGUUGAACAUAUGUUUUUUUUUCACCGCUUAAUUUUAUUAUUAUUCUUUCAUCUUUUCCCCUCCUUUUCUGUUUCUCAUUGGUAAAUUCUUUCUGUCGUCUUGCAUUGUGUGUAUAAAGAAAUAGAAUCCUUUCAUUUAUUUGAACAUAAAUGGAUGGAGGCAAGAGCUAGUUAGUCAUCGUUUUAAUUUGUAAAGUCAAUGUUGUUUUGUCUGAAUUAUUAUUAUAUAUCCGGUAGCCUUCAUGACUAUGGUAGGGCCACCAGGCUCACUUCGACAUUCUAAAAAUGAGCCCUACCAUAUAGUCCCGUCAAUAUGUAUCAGUUUAAAUAAGUUAAAUGUGUGUUAUUUCUUUAGAA